GUAUACUCUACAAAAAGGCAUGCAACUGAACACAAGUGAUGUAAUGUUAGGUGUCAGAACUCUAGGUAACAUUCAUUAACAGUAUCCCUUCUGCUACCAUAGCAUAGACUCCAUGCUGAGGCCAUUUACUGUACAUCAGAAUAUAUAUAUGGGAAACCAACUUGGCCUACUACCAAACUAAGGCUUUAAUAUCUUGAUGCAAAUACUAUGGCUUCAGUUUCAACGCCUCAAAAACAGAGAAAAGGUAAAACUGAAAUUCCUGGAGAAGAAAUCACAUGGUUCAAACCCUUAUCACCUGAAGAGACUAAGAACACAGGAUUUUCCUUUCUAAAACUGUUUCGAUGGACCUCAAGCUCAGAGGUUAGCAACAGCAGUUCUCCAAGAAGAGGACAAUCACCAGUAGUAUCUCGGGGAACAUCACCGCUACAUGGACAAUCUCGAGGAAGCAGUCGGGCAUCUUCUAGAAAUCCGUCACCAUUACCAGAAGCUAGAGAAGCAUCUGAAGUGAGAGAUAAAGAUGAUCACCUAAAUGAUGAUGAGGGAGACAUUGAAGAUAAUGAUGACGAUGAGAGCUGGACUGAAGUAAGCAAACAAGACAGCUGGAAGGAUAUGCCAACCAGAAGUCUAACCACUAUUGUUAGUCACCUCAGCAAAAUAAUUGAAAGACGAGGACAGACACCACAAGCCUACAGAGACAGUGACUUCAAACAGUACUGGAUGCCAGACAGUCAGUGUAAGGAAUGUUACGAGUGCGGUGACAAGUUUACUACAUUUAGAAGACGCCAUCACUGCCGUGUCUGUGGCCAGAUCUUCUGUAGUCGUUGCUGUAACCAGGAAGUGCCUGGAAGAGUUAUGGGUUACACUGGUUAUCUUCGUGUUUGCACCUCUUGUUGUAAAGUGGUGUUAAGUUACGCCCAUUCUCAUGAUCAGAACGAUCUGAAAGCCUUACAGGAGGACCUGAAGAGCGCCACCGAGUCAGCCCUGCUAUCCAUAGCUAACCUCAGUCUGGACACCCUCUCAACUAAAAUGAAGGACGAUUUUAGGGGCAGACGUAGAACUUACAGCUCAAGUAGCAUUGAUUCUUCAAUACUAGCAACGAGAAACCCAUUUGAAGUUGGUAACUUAACCUCAUCAACUGAAUCAGAAAACAGACGUCAUGUAGUUGAGAAUGAACGACAGCUACUUUUAAAGGACUCAAUACAACUCCGAGAUCUCUGGCUUCUUAUGCUUCAGCAAGGAAAUGGUAUCGAGUUUCAAGGUCAUCGCUAUCGGUUACGCACUUACCCUGAUUGCAUUGUGGGAUCGCAGGUUGUUGAUUGGCUACUUAGCACAGAUAAAGCUACAGAUAGAGUUCAGGCUGUGGCAAUUGGUCAGGCUCUUCUAGAUGCUAAGUGGAUUGAAUGUGCUACAAGAAAUGAGCAGCUGUUUCGAGAUGAGUAUGCCCUUUAUCGGCCGGGUGAGGCUGCAAGACAAGGGAACUUCCCACCGGAAUUAGCACAGGAUAAGACCCCGCUAUCCAACGAGGAUCUGAUGGAACCUAUCUGGUUUCGUGAGAUAACAGAUGGGGAGGCCAAUGAUUCUGGCUCGCUAUCUGACAUGGAGAGGUCAACAGUUCUGAGCAACUCUGGUGAUAAUUAUCAAACGUCUUCAUUAUCGGUGGCGCAUUCAUCUGUUAGUUCACAGUUCAGGAAACCAUUGGGAUCAAACAACUCAGAAAAAAAUGCAACUGGAGGUGACAUUAGUGCAGGCCCAUGGGAGCUUAUGUUUCAUCAGCAUGCUGUUUCAAAUGAUUCAAAUGGACACCAGGAUGUUUUACAUGGAGUACAUGAGUUAAAUCAAGUGACAACUAAUGAGCCACACGGUUGGCUUGAUGUAGAGGAUCUGAAUGAUGAGAACGGUGAAAAGAUGGCUAUGGAGAGGCUAAGCACUGCCAAUUUCAAACACUUGGUGGCGCUGUUGAAUCAGCUACUUGAUAGUGAGAAACUCCCACAGCACUGGAGCCAGGUUAUCUUACCAAUGGUAGAAACAAUUAGCAAAGAGGUGAAACCAGAUGUACGGUAUCGCAAUGAUGAGAUGGAUAUUCGCCACUAUGUUCAUAUCAAGAAAGUGGCUGGAGGGAGUCUAUCUGAUUGCCGUAUUAUAAAUGGAGUGGUCUGCACAAAAAAUGUUGCUCAUCGAAAAAUGAGAACUGCCAUCAAGGACCCAAGAAUAUUGAUAUUGGAAUCAGCAGUGGAACAUCAACGAGUUGAACACAAAUUCUCAUCAAUAGAACCAAUUGUACUCCAGGAACAUGAGUAUUUAAAAAACUAUGUCCACAAGAUUGCAACACUACAGCCAACAGUCCUGGUAGUGGAGAAGUCGGUUGCCAGAUUAGCUCAGGAUUUUCUGCUCAAUUGUGAUAUCACAGUUGUUCUCAAUGUAAAGCCAUCUGUUGUUGAAAGAAUUGGGCGUUUCACAGAAGGGGAUUUAGUUAAAACAGUCGACCAAGCAUCAAAAUCAUGCCUCGGUUCUUGCCAUUCAUUCAGCAUACAACAAUUCAAACUUCCUAAAGACUAUACCAAGACACUUAUGUUUUUUGAAGGAUGUCCCGACAACUUCGGCUGCUCUGUCAUUCUAAGAGGAGCUCACCAGUAUGAGUUAACAAAGGUGAAAAAAGUGUUCCAGUUCAUGCUGUUUGCAGCAUAUCAUUCCAGGCUAGAGAUGUCGUUCCUUAUGGAUGAGUUCGCCAUGCCCCCAGAAAUCUUGCAAUGCCAUGACAUCACACCAACCAGCCCCAAACAUCGCUCCCUCUGCUUCUCUGAUAGCAUCAUGGAAGGUCUUAUGAAAGUCAGUGAAGGGGAACAAACUGAUGGAAAGGAUGAGAUAUUUGAUAAACCGGAGUUGGAAAAGGAUGGUGCAACAAAUGUGAAAACUCUUGAUCCUGAAGUAGAUAAUUCUACACAACCUGUGUCUAAUUUCCAAAAUGCAAUAAUGAAGAUAUUUGGUGCUGGCUCUAAAGAAAAACAAAUUCACAUUAGUAAUGAUUCUGGCAUAAAUAGAGAGACAGAACCUGGAAGUAAGAUGUCAGAGGAUGACACAUCUUUUACUUCAAAUCCAUCUGCUCCUGAUGACGCUGAGGCUACUGAUAAUGCAGAUGCAGAAAGCAAGGUUAAUGAAGUUGGUUCUGCCAGAGCCCGUAGUUCAAGUAAUCUUGGUGUGCAGAGCUAUUCAUCGCAGGUGGAGCUUGCAACCUCACAUAGCCCGAUUGAUAACAUUGGCCAGCUUCAUCACUUUGACAGAGAAGGUGUUGAUGGCAGCAGUGUUCUGAAUCCUCCAGACAGUAGAAACUACAACUCUCAGAUUAGUAUGGAAGAUUAUAUCGCAGAGUUUCAUCAGACCGUUGAUUCAGACGAUGAUGGUGAAGGAGAACAAGUAUUUGGGAGAGGACGCACAACCAGUGUUAUGGAGAAAUUAGAUUUCGAGGAAAAUUCUGAAAAUGAAUCUGUCUUCUCCCAAGCUCUUAAGGAGACAAUUCUAAAUUCAUCUCCCUUCAUGAAAAUGCCGUUACCAUACUUAGAAACAGCGUCUGGUAAAGCAUCGAAGUUACGAGAACACUUUCCAGAAAAUUUAUAUUGGUCACCAAAGCUUUUUCCUCAGGAUGCCACAGAUGGGUUACCUCCAUUCCUAUGUGAAGUCUUGUAUAAGUCAGUCGACCGGUCGUCAAAGCGCUGGACAAGUAUUUCAGUUCAAGAUCCUCAUCCAUUCCUAACUCAGCAGCUGACAUUCAAUGCCGCCGAAGACUCCACCAAGACAAUACUAGCUGAUUACAGAGCUCGUGGAAGCAGAAUCCAGCAGAAGACGGCAGAAGGCGCACAAGACUUUUUGGAUGAGUAUCCUCUCAAAAUGCCGAUGACGUCUAUUGCUGGUCCAGCUAGACCAAUUGAUUGCUUUGAUCCUAAGCACCACCAAAAAAUCACAUUGCAGUUUAGUAGUUAUUCCUGUCAGUCGUACAACGCUCCAAAUUAUUGUGUCAGACCUUGGACUGUCACUAUGGAUUUUUAUGGGAAAAAUGACAUUCCUUUGGGAUUAUUCUUGGAACGUUAUUGUUUCAGAAACUCUUAUAAGUGUCCGAGUGAGAUUUGUGAUGCGUCAAUGGUGGAUCAUGUUCGUCGGUUUGUUCAUAAUAAUGCCGCCAUCCAGAUACUUCAGCGCCAGCUGGAUCAACCCAUCCCAGGCUUUAAAGACAGCAUAUUGUCAUGGAGCUGGUGUCGGAAGUGUAAACAGGUAACUCCAGUCCAACCCCUGUCUAGUGACACAUGGUCAAUGUCGUUCGCCAAGUACUUGGAGCUCCGUUUCUAUGGCAUGGACUACAACCGACGUGCCUGCGCUGAAACUUGUCCUCAUUCUCUUCACCGUCAUCAUUACCAAUAUUUUGGAUACCUCAAUAUUGUCGCGUCAUUCAAAUACAGUACAAUUGUCCUGCGUGAAGUUUGUUUUCCUCCUAAUCCAAUCUAUCUUAAAUGCCAACACCAAAUGCAUGCUAAGUACAUGAAGAUAGUUCAAAGUUUAGUGCGCAGGGGAAAUAUACUAUUUAGUGAGGUGUUAGAGAAUCUGCUAAAUUUUAAAGAUGCAGAGAACUCAUCCACCCUAGCACAAAAAAUUAACAAUCUGCGCCAACAAAACAAGUCCGAUCAGACUAGCUUCCGAACACACAUUGAUUUGAUGCAGACCAAACUUGAGGUGCUGGACCAACAAAAUCCUGACCAACUUGCAGAUAUGGCUGAACAUUUACUUACUCAACCAAAUGAACUUCAUAAUAUGCUACUCGACAUCGAGGACUCCAUUACGGUGACCAAACAAAUGAUUAAUGAAACCGUUGUCACAUGGAAUUCACGACUUAAUGAGUUAUUCCACCUCGUCAAGGCUGACCGAACUGAACGUAGUCGCAGGAAUAGAAGCCCACUUAUACUACGUAAAUCUUCUGGUCAUCAAGUAUUGGAACAAAAUGAAGACAUUUCUUCCUUUGCUUCCCUCACGGAUAUUACCGUACCCAGCGUAUCGCCCAACUCAAAGCCUACCAGCCCAUCUCAGCGAGCCAAGCUUACAAGGGCAUCCACAUGGAGCAACGACUUAGUGUCAAAGUCUUCUACUAGUGAGCCUAAAUCCAUUGUUAAACCUGACAGGCUACAUGAACCUAUUCAUGAAUGUGAUGAUCUGCAAGUUGGACCUGUUUUCAGUUCUGGGUCAUUGGGAAACAUGAGCAGCUCACCUGCAUCUUUUGACUCUCCAGUCACAAGGGCCCCCUUGCUCCAUUACAAGGAGGCCGAAGAACUUAAAGAAGAUGAAGUGACCGAAUCUGAAAAAAGCACUGAAGUUAUUGAUGAUGACACCAAAGAUAAUGAGAAUAAGGAAAGCCAAGAAGCAGAAGAUGAGGUUGCAGUAGAUAUCACAGAUGGAGUUUUUACAAGCAAUGGAGCAGGAAAGUUGUCAACAUCGGCCGAUACUGGAAGAUCUAUCGAAAAGCGGUCGAGUGUUUCGGGAUCUGGAAUGAGAAAUGUCUUCAUCAACUUCCUAACUUCUUCCAGUUUCACACCUCUAAACUCUCCAUUUCCUGCGGAUGAACACUAUCCGUCUCCUCCUUGUACUGUGGUACCUGUUAUCGUCAGGGACCAAGAACCAAGCACUAUUAUUGCCUAUGCUCUCAGUUCCGAACCUUAUAAAAUCCAGCUGAGUGAAAUGCAGCAGAAAGGAACAUCGCGAACCUCAUCACCUGGCCACAGCAACAUCAGUUCCGCAGAAAGUAGUCCAACAACAAAACGGAAGCUCGCACGUGAAGCAGAUGGUUCCAGCGGAUCGGAUGUCUCCAAAAAAAUGGCUAGGCUGACACGUCGCACAAGUCGUGUGCUACAGUUCCUACGCACCAAGUCCACGUCUGGUAUACCCGUCCCGCCGACAAAGCUGCCGGAUGAUAGCCAACUGGCCAAUGCGGAUGCAGUAAUGUAUCAUGUGACAGAUUCAGAUAGCGGUAAUAGGUUACCUAGCGAAUCAGCUGCUAAUGAAUGUGAUAGUCUUUUUACAAAAUCUGUUGAAAGAUUUACAGGAAACUCUGAACCAUCACCUCAUAUUGAAGUUCAAUUUGCUGACAACAAUGCUAAAUUCUAUUGCCGAAUCUACUACGCUGAGGAAUUCCGCAAACUACGCGCAAUUGUGUUUCCUGCUGGUGAGGAGACGUUCAUUCGCUCGUUGUCAGCAUGUAUGAGUUGGAUUGCAAGAGGAGGAAAGUCUGGCUCCAGAUUCUUAAAAACGAAAGAUGAUCGCUUCAUCUUAAAACAGAUGUCUCAUCUGGAGUUCAAGUCAUUUCAGGAUUUUGGUCCGCAUUACUUUAACUACCUGACCCAAACCUAUGAAAAAAAUAAACCAACUGCACUGGCUGUGAUUCUUGGAGUAUUUCGUGUUGGUUUUCGCAACUCACUUACUAAUGCAACUCUUAAGCAGGACUUACUCAUAAUGGAAAACCUCUUCUUUGAUCGUAAAAUGUCACAAAUCUUUGAUUUGAAAGGGUCUGUACGUAAUCGUCAUGUUAAAAUAUCUGGAGAGGAGACUGGAGAAAUAGUCCUUAUGGAUGAGAAUUUAUUAAAAGUGAUGGUAGAUUCACCAAUAUACAUCCGACCACAUACCAAGACAGUACUAGCCAGAGCCGUUCAGAAUGACUCCACAUUCCUAGCAAGUCACUUUAUCAUGGAUUACUCCCUAUUAGUUGGAAUAGAUGAUUCCACUAAUGAACUUGUUGUUGGCAUCAUUGAUUAUAUCAGAACGUUUACUUGGGACAAGAAAUUAGAGAUGUUUGUUAAAUCUGUUGGUAAUCAAGGUAAAAUGCCAACUGUUUUAUCGCCGGAAUUGUAUGGAACAAGGUUUCGUGAAGCCAUGAACUGCUAUUUCUUAAUGGUGCCGGAAUACUGGACUGGAAUGGGAAAAGAAAUACAGUUACAUACCUGAUAAUUGAAAUGAAGCUAGGCCAAUGCUAGAGGACUUGGUCAACACAAGCAAAGACUCAAUACCCCACAUCGCAGGCUAGCUAGUUAUAGCCCCCAUACUGUCAACCCAUGUAGUAAUGGGCUAGCAUUGCACUAUGUUGAAUAUGACAAAUUGUAGCGGAAAAUAUGAAAUAAAUAUUAUAUCUAAGUAUUAUUACUCAGUAUCAGUUACAAUAGCUGUGAUGUAAAAUGGAUGUUACAGUUGUAGAUGUCAAGCUUUUGAGGUCAUUCCCUUACGUUCUGUCCGCACAUCAAGUUUCAAGUGGCAAAUACCUGUGAUGAUACUGUAUAACAUCAACAUGCCCAUAUAUGGGUAUGACAUGACAUCAUCGUGCCCAUAUAUGGGUAGGAUAUAACAGCAACAUGCCCAUAUAUGGGUUUGAUAUGACAUUGUCAUGCCCAUAUAUGGGUAAGAUAUAACA